AUGGUCAUCGCGCUCCCAGGACAAGUUACGAUGGAAACACUAGGAGUCAAAUUUCUAUCUCUCUUUAACCGAAACUGCCAUAUCGAGGCCUUCCUCCCAACCUUCCCGGAUACCCAGUGUGCGAAGUGCCUCGAAUACGGCCACCGCCAGGAGAAAUGUAAGAACAAUGGGAAAUGCGGCCACUGCGCUGGAGAUCACCUCAACAGUUUCCACCCAUGCAAUGAAUGCCAGGGAGGAUAUAGAUGCACCCACACCCCAAUCAGAUGCCUGAACUGUAAAGGAGCUCACAAGGCCUCCGACCCAGCAUGCCCUGAGAAGGCCAAAUGCCUGUAA